AUGGUUAUCCUCAAUCAUACCAAACAACGAUCUUCAUCUUCUUCACCAAUUCAUGGUCAUAAGUAUAAGUAUGACGUAUUUUUAAGCUUUUGCAGUAUGGACACAGGGGUAUAUUUGAAACCAGGAUGGGAGAGUGCCAUUAAAGCAUCUAGGGCUUCUGUUGUAGUGUUGUCGACGAAUUAUGCUCAUUCACAAUGGUGCCUUAAUGGAUUGGCACUUAUCCUCGAGCAACAUUCGACAGUUAUCCCCAUCUUUUAUCAUGUUGAGCCCAGUUUCUUUGAAGAUGCGAUGGCUGGGUUUAGACGUGUGAUGGAGGCAAUGACAAAUGAAGAUAAAAGAAGUCGAUUGGCUGAAAAGAUUGACAGGUGGAAUAAAGCAUGUACACAAGUUGCUACAUUAAAAGGGAUGCAAUUAGGUUUCGAUCGGCGAGAGACAGAGUUUAUUCAAGAUUUUGUUAAGUACAUCUACCGUAGAUUACGCAUAUCCACAAGGAGUCCUCUGCCACUAGACCGGAGGUUUCAUCGAAAGAUGAAACAACCAAAUAUCCUCAAAUUCCCUUUACACACCAUAAAAAGUUGUACCCAAGACUUCAAUGAAAGAAAUAUCAUUGGGAAGGGUGGAUACGGAAGGGUCUACAAUGGAAUCCUCACCUGGGGAGAUCAUGUAAACGAGCAAAUUGCUGUAAAACGGCUAGAUGUCACUAAUGGUCAAGGUAACAAGGAGUUCCGCACUGAGCUCACAAUGCUUUCACAGUAUCAGCACAACAACAUUGUAACCCUUUUAGGGUUUUGUGAUGAUAACAAGGAAAUGAUCCUAGUUUACGAAUAUGCAAGCCAUGGAAGCCUUGACACACAUUUGCGUAACCCUUCGGCUGGACUUUCAUGGCCACAACUUCUCAAAAUAUGCAUUGAUGUUGCUUCUGCAUUGGACUAUCUUCAUAAUCAAGUCGCAGAAAAGCACAGAAUAAUACACCGUGAUAUAAAAAGUGCAAAUAUUUUGUUGGACCAGAAUUGGAAUGCAAAACUUGGGGAUUUUGGGUUGGCUAGGAUAGGACUAGCAAAUCAACAAAACACCAUAGUGAUCACUAACCCUGCCGGUACACAUGGUUAUUGUGACCCACAAUACGAAAGAACAGGUUCAUUAACAAAAGAAUCGGAUGUCUACUCUUUUGGUGUUGUUUUGUUUGAAGUUUUGUGUGGAAGGUUGGCGUGUGUUCUAAGUUACCAUGAUGAGCGUCGGUUCCUUCAUCGAUUUGCUCCAACUUGCUACAAAAAUGGUGAGCUAGACAAGAUAAUUCAUCCAAAAGUAAGGAAAGACAUCAAACCAAAAGUGUUGCGCAAGUUCUCAGGUAUUGCUAUGCGAUGCUUGCAUGAAACUCGGGAAGAACGACCUACAAUUGUUGAGGUUGCGUCCCAACUUAAGAAGGCCAUGAAAAUGCAAGUGACAUCCUCUAGGAUGUGUUAACUCGGACACUACCUCCUUCAUGACAUUGAUUAUCAACUCCCAUGAUGCUCGGGAUUCGAAGUCUAGUUUCAGUUUAGGUUGUUCAAUGUUUCUAUAAUCGAUGC